CCAAGCAUGUGAUGCCGCGGAAGACAAAUAACCGACGAUGCGCCUAUAACAACAACGAAACCACUACAAUCCCAUCUCACUACCCGCAAUCAGUGUAACCACAACACACAAACCAGGAGUAAACAAUGGCAACUCUAUUCACAAUCCCCAUCCCUGCCACGGGGGGCAGCAUCGUCUGCUCGAACCCGACCUCUUCGAACGAGGACAAGAACAUCUAUGUCCUCGCAUUCGCAUCAGGGAAGGAUAACCGGCUGAUUCCCGCGUUUAUCGACGCGCUGCUGCUUGCGCUUGAUAUAAUUGAGCACCGGUAUCCGAAGGGUGUGGUUGUGACGACGAGCGGGAUCCAGAAGUUCUACAGCAAUGGAUUGGAUUUGGAAGUUGCGAUGACUACGGAGGGAUUCACGCAGAAGUGGUUGUGGAAGUUGUUUCGGCGGUUUUUGACCUAUCCCAUGCCAACAAUCAGCCUGUUGAACGGCCACUCCUUCGCCGCCGGCUUCAUGCUCGCCAUGUACCACGACUACCGCAUCCAAAACCCGUCCCGUGGCUUCCUCUGCAUCAACGAGCUCGACUUUGGCGUCCCCCUCCAAGCCCCCAUGAUGACCAUCUUCCGCGAGAAGCUCACCCCGCCGACAUUCCGCGACGUGGUCCUGGGUGCGAAGCGAUUCCCUGGUCCCGAGGCAUUGCAGCGCGGUGUUGUUGAUGGGGUCGGGGAGUUGGAGGAGGCGGUGAAGUUUAUUAAGGAGAGGGGGUUGCAGACGAAGGCAGAGACGGGGAUUUAUGGGACUAUGAAGGAGGAGAUGUAUCGGGAGUCGUUGGGGAUUUUGGAUGAUGAUAAGGGGAAUUUGGAGUGGAGGGAGAGGGUUGAGGAGAGGAAUGAUGUGUUGAGGGAGGAGGGCCGGAAGAGUGUUAAGGUGUGGGAGGGGAAAGCUAAGUUGUGAGGUGUAUAGUCUAGUGAUAAUGGAUAUCAGAUAAACAAACCCUGUUGAGAUAAAGAGAAGAAAUGUGUAAUGUUCAUUGUGAUGCCUUCACUGCAAACCAGCCAAACCCUAAUCACCCAACAACCUGAGCUUCC